GCUGUGAGGGGUAUUAGUGUGGAAAACAAGAGGCAGUAUUGCGUGUGAGGUAAAGCAUUUCACGACGAGAGCACACACGGAGCGGUCAUCAGAUACUCAGUCUGUUCUACACUCAGAAAUAACUAAACAUGGGAAAAGGAGAUCCUAACAAGCCCCGGGGCAAGAUGUCCUCGUAUGCCUACUUCGUGCAGACAUGCAGAGAGGAGCACAAGAAGAAACAUCCGGACUCAUCGGUCAACUUCGCAGAGUUCUCCAAGAAAUGCUCAGAGAGGUGGAAGACCAUGUCUGCCAAGGAAAAAUCAAAGUUUGAAGAUUUGGCAAAGGGUGAUAAGGUUCGCUAUGAACGGGAAAUGAAAACUUAUAUACCACCCAAGGGAGAGAAGAAAGGAAAGAAAAAGAAGGACCCAAAUGCACCAAAAAGACCACCGUCUGCAUUCUUCCUUUUCUGUUCGGAACAUCGUCCACAAAUAAAGAGUGACUUCCCUGGUCUGUCUAUUGGUGAUACAGCAAAGAAAUUGGGAGAGAUGUGGUCCGAGCAGACCCCUAAAGACAAACAGCCAUAUGAGCAAAAAGCAGGAAAGCUAAAAGAAAAAUAUGAGAAGGAUGUUGCUGCAUACCGGGCAAAGGGCAAGGGUGAUGUUGGCAAAAAAGUACCAGGCAGGCCAGCUAGUUCAAAAAAGAAAGUUGAGCCUGAAGAUGAUGACGAUGAUGAAGAGGAAGAAGAUGAAGAGGAGGAAGAUGAGGAUGAUGAAGAUGACGAGUGAAUGCUUUUGCCUGCUGUAUAAAUUGUUCUGAAGCCCAUUGUCUUGCUAAGAAUGUGAACUCAAGUGCAGCUCAUUUUGUUAGCUUGGUUAUAUAAAAAACGAAAAAAAACUGUACAGACUUGUGUAUAGGUAAUGUGAUUCAUUAGGGAAAACCUAUAUUUUUAAUAUAAGGAGUAGUUCAAAGGGCUGUUUUUUUGUUGACGUAAAGCUUUUGAAGUGGGAAUUCUCUGCAUAUUUAAUGGAUUUUAAGGGUUGCCUGAUGUUAGUGACACAAUCCAAUAUACUUUAGUUCUGUAGACCUGGUGCAUUGUACUUUUUUCUAACUUUUUUAGCAUUUUUUUUUGUAAUAAAAUUUAUAUAUUCAA